ACUUGUCAGAGGACAGAACAAAACUACUUGGACGCCAUACAUUUUAAUUUGUGGAGGUCACUACUGAAGAUCAGACUAUGAAGACCCCGCAUCCACUUCACAUGGUCACUCCACUGAGAGAGAGUGUGCCACUCUCAAAUGCGGCAGGUACAGCUGUAUAUCUGAAGCUGGAUUCAUGUCAGCCUACUGGCUCCUUUAAAAUUCGAGGCAUCGGUCACUUGUGUAAGAUGUGGGCAGAAACUGGCUGUACUCGAUUUGUCUGUUGCUCAGGAGGCAACGCUGGCAUGGCUGCUGCCUAUUCCGCACGGAAGUUGGGAGUGCCUGCCACUAUAGUGGUGCCCAGUGUUACCCCAUCAGCCACCGUGCAGAGACUUUAUGAUGAAGGUGCUGAUGUCAUCAUUCAUGGCAAAUCACUGAAUGAGAGCCUUGAAUUUGGUCAGCAGCUUGUGUCUAACAACCCUGACUGGGUAUUCAUCUCUCCCUACGAUGAUCCCCUUAUUUGGGAAGGGCACACAACUCUGGUCAAAGAACUGGAGUCCCAGCUGGAUGUGAAGCCAGGAGCAGUAGUUUUAUCCGUGGGAGGUGGUGGCCUCUUGAAUGGAGUCGUGGAAGGUCUCCGCCGUGCUGGUUGGGGAGAUGUCCCCAUCAUUGCUAUGGAAACAGUGGGUGCUCACAGCCUUAAUGCAGCCAUGAAGGUGGGAGAGCUAGUUACACUGCCCUCCAUCACUAGUAUUGCUACCACACUGGGCCUUACACGAGUAUCAUCUCAGACAAUGAAGCUUGUGAGUGAGCACCCUGUUUACUCAGAGCUGGUCACAGAUCAGGAAGCUGUUUGGGCAGCUGAGCGUUUCAUUGAUGAUGAAAAGAUUCUAGUUGAGCCUGCUUGUGGUGCUGCUCUUGCAGCCAUCUACUGCAAGAUCAUUAACCGUCUGCAGAAGGAGAAUAAAUUAUCUCAGGAAUUGGGGCCUGUGGUGGUGGUUGUGUGUGGUGGCAACAACAUCAGCAUAGAGCAAUUGCAGAGACUGAAGAAACAACUGGGAAUGAUCGACUAGACUAGGACAUGUAUCCAGAUGACAAAGUAGAGUAAUUUUUUUUUUUUUUUUUUUUUUUUAGAAUGUAACGCAUUGAAUAACCUUAAUUUUAAAUUACAUUUUGAAGAAUAUACUAGAAAAAUAUACUUUACUGUUUGAAAAGUAGGUCUACAUAUGCAGUGCUGCUUGCAUUAGUAUUCAACCCUUUCAGACCAGUACUAGUACACAUUCUGCUGCAAUAACUGCUGUAAGUCUUUCUACCUGGACUGAGAUCUCUAUUUUGACUUCUUCACUGUAUAACUUUUGCCUUUUAAUUGAUCCACCACUCUUGCUUUGGGCUUAUGCUUGAUCAUUGCCCUGCUGAAAGGCUUUAAAACUUUCUCCUUACAUUAAUUUUUUUAAAUAAACUAUGUGCUUCGUAUACAGGCCUGUUGUAUGCACAGCUCUUGAUAUCUUUGAGUACUGUGCAAAAGUUUCUCAACCAGUGAACUCCAAUCAGUAACUGUUGGCCUUACUUUAGCUUAAUUUGUGUACCUGUCAUCUGUAACCCAGAUGAAUAAGAUGACGUUUAAAGGGGGUUACAAAGUUUGCAUGGCACUCUAUAAAUCCACAUCUCAGAGACUGCAGCAGGAUCUUGCACUCUAACCGCUGUUGCCCAGGUUCAGUUCUGGGCACUGAGGUGUUAACUCUCAGUGCUGGUCCCAAUCCUGUGCCAAAAUCAAAUAUCUGGAGCAGAUCCCGAGCAGCCAGAAGAUGACGACAACAACAGACAUUUGUGCACCAAAUGCUUAGGCUGUCUUCCAUUCCAGAAUGUCUAGCUUGACUGAAAUAAGGCUUCCUAAUUUGUUCCUAAAGAACAGUUAGUUUGAAGGUGGUGUUUUGAAAUUGAUGUUCUAUGUUCUUGCCUAAAAACAUAUUUAGGAGUGGGAUGGAAAAUAUUUUCCAUGUUUUCCCAUGUCUUAUGAAAUGUUUGUGCUUUAGAUUUUAUCUGUCUAAUGUAAUAUUUGCUCUUGUUCACUUUUUCUGUAUAUAAAGUAUACACCUGUUUCCAAAGGUUUGGGGACCUCUGGGUAAAUUACAUAUUUUGUUUUUUGAAGUGAAGAAAAGUACAACCUUUGCAACAAAUCUCUUUUUUUUUUUUUUCCUGCAAAUGUUACUGUACAUUUACUUUGUAUUUGAUAUGAACAUUAUCUAAAGCAUUUGACCUGUAUCUACAGGGUUUUAUGCAUUGUGCUGCUGACAUGAUUGGCUGAUUGAAUAAUUGCAUAAAUAGGACACUGAUUAUAACAUGAUAUAUAUUGCACUGAGAAGUUUGUUGUUUUUUGCAUGUUAAUGAUAAUGUGUAAUCUUUUACUAAUAAUAAAUU